AUGGCGACAAAAUCAAGCGCAGUCGUCUCCCUUCCCACACUCACCCAAACCGGCGCAUCUGUGGCCCUGAAAGCCGCCGAACUCUACGCCACCGAAAUCGGCGUACCCAUGAGCAUCGCCAUCGUAGACGCACACACGCACCUGCUCGCCUUCACCCGCAUGGGUACCGCCAAGUUGUCCUCAAUCGAAACCUCCAUCUCCAUGGCCACUACAUCUGCCUCGAACCGCCUGCCCACCUCCGCACUGUCAGAUCAGGUGCCCACCACACCACUUCUCAAUCUAACAACCCAACGCCUCUGCACCCUCCCCGGCGGCCUCCCCAUUCUCUCCCCCACCGGCGCCCUCCUCGGCGCAAUAGGCUGCUCCACCGGCACCUCGUUGCAGGGUGAGGAUGCAGCAGCCGCAGCUCGCGAUGCUGUGCUCGCCCUCAUCAAGUUGGAAUCCGAAGAGGAGGAGCGGCGGAUCGAAGAGGAGAGGGAGAAGGUGCUGCGCUUGUGGAAGGAGAAAGAAGGAGAAGUCGAGAGUCUCAAGGACGAGUUGGAUUAUGAGCGUGAGAUGAGGGGGAGUGGGAAGAGGAGGAAGACGAGUAGUGUGGGGGUGGGAGGAGGUGCUGGAGGACUGAGUGUGGGGGUUGGGGGGCCACAUACGCCGCCCGAAGAGGGUGAGAUAACUGACUUCUUGAAACCGAGUUUCGUCGGGGAAGUAAGGGUUGGUGGGUUCUGAGUCUCGAUUAUGGAGUUCGGCGUUCGGCACUCAAAACUACGUGUUUGGGUAUGUCUGCGAGAUAUGGCAGGCGUUACAUUACGGCAUUAAUGACAAUCUAAAGAC